AGCUUCACCCAGAAGUCCCACCUCACUCUGCACCACCAUACCCACACAGAUGAGAAGUCCUUUGCCUGUGACAACUGCAGCAUGAGCUUCUCUGACAAGUCCAGCUUUAGUCAGCACCGCUGUACCCGCACUGGGAAGAGACCAUAUGUCUGUGACAUGUGCAGCAAGAGCUUCAGUCAGAGCUCCUACCUCACCCAGCACCGCCGUACACACACUGGGGAGAGACCCUAUAUCUGUGAGAAGUGCGGCAAGAGCUUCAGUCGCAGCCUCACCGAGCAUCGCCGAACCCGCACUGGGGAGAGACCCUUUGCCUGUGACAAGUGCAGCAAGAGGUUCAGUCAGAGCUCCCACCUCACCCAGCACCGCCGCACCCACACUGGAGAGAGACCCUAUGUCUGUGACAAGUGCAACAAGCGUUUCAGUCAGAGCUCUCACCUCAACAAGCACCGCCGCACCCACACUGGAGAGAGACCCUAUGUCUGUGACAUCUGCAGCAAGGCUUUCUGUCACAGCUUCAGCCUCACUGAGCAUCGCCGCACCCACACUGGGGAGAAGCCCUUUCCUUGCAAUGACUGUGGGAAGAGAUUCAUCACGAAAUCCCACCUCACCCUGCACCAAUACAGCCACACUGGAGUGAAGCCCUUUUCUUGUGACAUCUGCAGCAAAAGCUUCACCGGCAAGUCCAUCCUUAGCCAGCACCGCCGCACCCACACAGGGGAGAGACCCUAUGUCUGUGACACGUGCGGCAAGAGCUUCAGUCAGAGCUCUGCACUCACCCUGCAUCGCCGCACCCACACUGGGGAGAAGCCCUUUUCUUGUGACACCUGCGGCAAGAGUUUCACCGUCCAGUCCAGCCUUAGCCAGCACCGCCGCUCCCACACAGGGGAGAGACCCUAUGUCUGUGACACGUGCGGCAAGAGCUUCAGUCAGAGCUCUGCACUCACCCGUCACCUCCGCACCCACACUGGGGAGAAGCCCUUUUCUUGUGACACCUGCGGCAAGAGUUUCACCGUCCAGUCCAGCCUUAGCCAGCACCGCCGCUCCCACACAGGGGAGAGACCCUAUGUCUGUGACACGUGCGGCAAGAGCUUCGGUCAGAGCUCUGCACUCACCAAGCCCCGCCGCACCCACACUGGGGAGAAGCCCUUUGCCUGUGACACCUGCAGCAAGACCUUCAGCCACAGCUCCCACCACACUCAGCACAUGUGCACCCACACCAGGGAGCAGCCUGUGCUGGGGGACACAAAUGCACCGACCUCAGCGCUCUCUG